AUGUCCUCCCUCUGGAACGCCUUUUCGGGCGGCAAUAAGCCCCAACCGCAGAAGCAGCCAGAACCCACGACGACAUUCGGACCCUCCUCCUCCGCCGUGACCUACGACCCGACCGAAGGCCAGGGCGUCGAGUCCUUCCUUCAGAGCACCGCCUUUGCCGACCCGUCGCAGCUGCAUCCGCUCGCGGGCCUCAACAGGGACACGCUCGAGUACCUGUCGCUCGAGGACUCGGCGCUGUCGGACCUGCCCGGCGGGCAGUCAGUGAUUCCCUCACGCGGUUUCACCGACGACCUGUGCUAUGGCACCGGCACUACGUACGUCGCCGGCCUCGGCCUCGGCGGCGCCUGGGGCCUGCAGGAGGGCAUGCGCAAGUCGGCCGGCCAGCCUCCCAAGCUGCGCCUCAACGCAACGCUCAACGCCAUCACCCGCCGCGGGCCCUUUCUCGGCAACUCGGCGGGCGUGGUUGCGAUUGCGUACAACAUGACCAACUCGCUGAUUGGGUACGCCCGCGGCAAGCACGAUGCAGCUAAUUCGAUUGCGGCGGGCGUGCUGAGCGGCAUGUUGUUCAAGAGCACGCGUGGCCUGCGCCCGAUGCUCAUAUCGGGCGGUAUUGUCGGCUCCGUGGCUGCUACCUGGACUAUUGCCCGACGAUCCCUAUUCUCUGUCCCCGAGCCAGUCCUGGCCUCUACCGAGCUCGAGACGCUGAAGGGAAAGAAGAAGGACGCUUCAGGCCUUGUGGAAGGCGAAUGGCCGCGGAUGAUGAAAACUCUCCCCACCAAUGAGUUUAAUUUUGGAACAAAAAUGUACAUUACAAAUCUGGCACGGGCCAGCGAGCAUUAUACCGUUUUGGCCACGGCGUUGGUUGUCAAUACUAUUCAUACACUUUGGGUUAAGACGGAGCUGAGGAUCAGGUGA